AUGGCUUCGCCUUUCUUAUGGAAGCUGUCAUCCCAAAAGCUAGGUUUAUUCCUGGUCAGCUUUGGGUUUAUCUGGGGCAUGAUGCUGCUACACUUCACCAUCCAGCAGCGAGCCGGCCACGAAAACAGCGCUAUGCUCCGGCAACAGAUCCUGGACCUGAGCAAGCGCUACAUCAAGGCGUUAGCCGAGGAGAACCAAAGUGUUAUGGAUGGGCCUUAUGUGGGCACCAUGACUGCUUAUGACUUAAAGAAGACCCUCGCAGUGCUGCUUGAUAACAUCAUGCUGAGGCUGGCUAAGCUUGAGUCCAAGGUCGAGAACAUCUACAAUGGCACCGGAGGUAGUCUGACUAAUGGCUCCAGCACCUCCACGCCAAGCUCCACCAAUCCAGAAAAAGUUAAUGUGGCAGAUCUUCUAAAUGGAGCCCAGGAGAAGUGCGAGCUGCCGCCUUUGGAUGGAUUUCCUCACUGCGAGGGCAAGCUCAAGUGGAUGAAAGAGAUGUGGCGCUCUGACACUUGCUAUACGAAUUAUGGUGUGGAUGGAUCCACCUGUUCCUUCUUCAUUUACCUCAGUGAGGUGGAGAACUGGUGUCCCCAUCUGCCUUGGAGGACAAAACGCUUGAAUGAAGGCAUGGACCGGAGGGGGCAGGCAGAAAUCCGGACCAGUUUUGAGGACCUUUACCGUGUGAUGUCUCAGCGGGAGGAGUUCCGCUGGAUGAUGCUGAGGAUCAAACGUAUGGCAGAACCAUGGGUCCGUGCUAUUCGUUCAUUGGCUGCCAAGCAGAACCUGACCAAACGGAGGAAAAAAACGGUUCUGGUGCACUUGGGUCUCCUGACCAAGGAGUCAGGCUUCAAAAUAGCCGAAAAUGCCUUCAGUGGCGGUCCACUGGGUGAGUUAGUCCAAUGGAGUGAUCUUAUCACCACGUUGUACCUGCUUGGUCACGAUGUCCGCAUUUCUGCGUCCCUGGCUGAGCUCAAAGAGAUCAUGCGACGGGUGAUGGGAAAUAAGUCAAGUUGCCCCACUCAAGGUGACAAGGUUGUUGAGCUCAUAUACAUCGACAUUGUGGGCCUCACCCAAUUUAAGAAGACACUUGGACCUUCGUGGGUCCACUAUCAGUGCAUGUUGAGGGUGUUGGAUUCCUUUGGAACGGAACCAGAGUUCAACCACGCUCAUUACGCGCAGUCCAAAGGGCACAAGACACCCUGGGGGAAGUGGAACCUCAAUCCUCAGCAGUUUAACACCAUGUUUCCUCACACUCCAGACAACAGCUUCCUCGGAUUUGUGGUGGAACAGCACCUUAACGCCAGUGAUAUCAAACACAUUGAUGACAUCAAGAGACAAAAUCAGUCUCUAGUCUACGGCAAGGUCGACAACUUCUGGAAGGACAAGAAAAAAUACCUCGACAUCAUUCACAGCUACAUGGAAAUUCACGGCACUGUGCACGGCACCAGCACGGUGCACCUUCCAAGCUACGUGAGGAACCACGGCAUCUUGAGCGGACGAGACUUACAGUUCCUUCUCCGAGAAACCAAGUUGUUUGUGGGUUUGUCCUUUCCCUAUGAGGGGCCUGCACCCCUGGAGGCCAUCGCCAACGGAUGUGCGUUCCUCAACCCUAAAUUCAAACCACCAAAGAGCAGCAAGAACACAGACUUUUUCAAGGGAAAGCCCACCCUGAGAGAGCUGACCUCUCAGCACCCCUACGCUGAGGUUUAUAUUGGUCAACCCCACGUGUGGACUGUUGAUAUUAAUAAUGCUGCUGAGGUAGAAAGGGCAAUCCGCUCCAUCCUCAGCCAGAAGAUUGAGCCUUAUUUGCCCUUUGAGUUCACCUGUGAGGGGAUGCUGCAGAGAGUCAAUGCCUUCAUUGAAAACCAGGACUUCUGUCACGGCCAGGUGAUGUGGCCUCCGCUCAGUGCGCUGCAGGUCAAAAUGGCGGAACCGGGACGCUCCUGUAAGCAGGUGUGUCAGGAACAACAGCUCAUCUGCGAGCCGUCCUUCUUUCAACACCUCAACAAGGAAAAAGACCUGGCCAGGUUCGGCGUGGACUGCCAGACGGUGGAGUCCAGCGCGGACACGGUGGUCCCGGCCUACAGCGAAAGCCGCCGCCACUGCGUCUUUCAGUCGGACCUGCUACUAUUCAGCUGCGCCGGCGCUCACCAGUCGCUUCAUCGCAUCUGCCCCUGCCGCGAUUACAUGAAGGGCCAGGUGGCAUUGUGCAAAAGCUGCCUAUAG